CAGAGGCUCCCUGAGUACCACAACGUCUUCGCAACGAGACAAUUGACUUUACGAAUGUGCGUGCAAGAAGGAACGAUAACUUAGAUGCCGGCUGCACAGAAAUCGGGGAGCAGCCGUGCGGUUGCGCCGCGUGGUGGCCUUGGUGUUUCGCCCUUCCCAAGCUCCCACCACCUUGUCGUAACCACCAGAGGCCACGUGCAUGCCGUGCAGCAGACUGGGUCGCGAGAGUUAUUCAGGUCUUGCUCAAGAGGCAUCUUGGCUGCUAGAGAGGCCAAAGAUGGCUCUGGCACUUUAGCUAUUUCCGACAGUCACAACGUGAUUCUUCAUCGUAUCGAGGACGGACAACAAAGAAGCUACAGACUGAAAGGUUCAGAGAGCCACAUAAGCUUGCUGGAGUUUUCCCAAGAUUCAAAGACUCUUUUCUUUGCAACCACCAUCCUCAAUGCUGUCCAAGCGUACUCCCUUGCCGAAGGACGUCUACUCGAGCCUGGCCCACUCCACAACUCUAGACCCACAGCCCUCGCCGUUUCUCCAACCUCAGAUAUUCUUCUAAGUGCAUCUGAGGAUCCGCCGGUCGUCUACCUCCAGAACCGUACCCUGGGAACCCAGCCUCUCUUGUUGCAGCCUCUGGCUUCACAGGCCCCUAUAGUCCAGGCUUGCUUUCACCCGAAUCGGCCAAACGUAUUCCUCUUGGCCUACAAAGAUGGAGCGGUCGCCGCUUAUGAUGCCACGCGACUCCUCCGGUCGUACGGCGACAACACUGCAUUCCCACAAUCGCACGGUGCCGAAAUACAUGUGUUUCAAGGUCUUCAUGCUGUAAGCUCAAGAAGCGUGGCUGAUCCAGAUGAUAGCCCGCGGCCCAGGGAACAUGACUGUACGGGCUUCGGUCUGGAAAUUAUUAGAUCUAGUUCGCGAGGAUUGAACAUUACAGGAGCCGCCUUUCUUCCAGGCUCAAGAGGCCAAGCUGUAACCUGUGGUAUAGAUGGCAAAUGCAAGGUCAUCGAUUUUGAGAAGAAAUACACGAUAAGGAGUUGGCACGUACGAGCACCCGCAACGGCCCUGUCCGUACUUCCUCCCGGAGCAGAGAAGGUGCCAUUGGUUGCGGUCGGAAAGAUAGACGGCAAGGUCGCUGUAUAUCACCUAUCUGGUACCCUAUUGAAGCAAUUUGAGAUAGGAGAAAGUUCUUUAGACCCGAUCAUUGCCGUCGAGUGGAUCAGAGGCUCGGGGCCACGGCUCGUGGAGGAUAGAUCUGAUCCGAAGGCUGUGGACGAAACCUGGAUCGAGCUGUAUGAAGUGCAAGGAAGCUUGAGGAGCAGGAAGACAAAGCGGAGAUGCGAUUCUACCGCUCGGAACGGUCUGGCAGAUUGUGCCUUGGUUGAAGAUCUUUCGACCGGUGAGACAAACGCUGUUGAAGCCGGCGGCACCGUGUGCUACCGCUUAAUGGACGCUGCCAAGGCACAAAACGAUAAUCGUCCAACUGGGACCAAUUACAUGGACCUGUUUUCUCCUAUAAAGCCCUGCCAAGCGCCACCUGAUGUACCGGCGAUGAAUCCUCCGCAUAGAACCACUCCCCGUCAGCGACCGAGGAUAUCGAGUUCUACAUUCAGAAAUGUAGAUGAGAGAACUGAAGAUCCGAACCGAAAGGAGCACUUCUCAAUAAACGAGCCGCUGGAAAAACCUCGUCAACCAGCGUGCCUAUCACGACCUAGCCCAACCACAACGGUGACUCCCUCUCCCGAUGCUGGCGAGACUACAAUAGCGAGACUCCUUGCGGCGAAGAAUCCGGAUGGAAUGCACAGGUCACGUCAAGAUGCACCAGGAAAGUUCACUUUAUUCGCUCCGUAUAUGCCUCAGAUGAAAAGCACGGUCAAAAAGAAAACAUCUGCAAGACGCAGAUCUUCUCAGGUAUCGAAUUUGUCUCUGUCAAGCUUCAGCCCGAAGAAGCCCAGUACAGCCGAGGCACGAACACCUUGCGAGAGUUUGGACGAAGACGACAUAUGGCUGACUGCCGAAUCUGACUAUGAGAGUGACGUGGCGGAUCAGCCGAGAGGGAAUCAAAUGCAGAGAGGUAGAAGGUCACGGCGAUUGAAAUGGCCCAGCGAAAGGUCCGGAGCUACAAGUGCAAAGCACACGAUGGAGAAACCCCAACGUCCAUCGAUCAAACUCCCGAUGUCAUCUCCUAUUGGAAGUAGAUCGAAUACAAGGCCAAGGCAGAAAGUCGCUCUUGCCUCAAACUUCACGCAUAAUCAAAUGGAGCCUUCCAUGCAUCCUUCGGUCGAGAGUUCUAUGGCAUCUUCUUUGGUGUCUCCGCAGACUGAAUCUGGGCAUGAGGCAACGCAAAUGGACAAUGCUUUGCGCCCGGGUUUCGCACAGUCGUAUCAAGGACCUGUGAAGGUCGAUAGUUACCUGCCUCGCAGAAGCAGUCUCGCAUUUCCUAGCUCUCCACAUGGAGCGAAGGUUAGAAGUACCCUAGGCGAUGUAUCAGGACAUGAGCAAAGAAGGUCCGAGGCAGUGUUACAGACAAAGCGUCAUGACGAAUUGACGUGCCGGUGUUGUACCAAGAUGAGGGAUGAGGUUGCGGCGUUAAGGGCUGAGCUGGCUCAAUUGAGGAGGAUGCUGAACGGCAAGGACAGAGAAAAGUGAAAGUGCAGCUUUAUACCCAAUGAAAGCAUGAAUGAAACGAUUCGUUACUGUAGUGUGGAA